AUGAAAUCGCCAAGUACAGUCAGCAAAUCUGUUAAGUUCGGCCUUCAUUUCGCCGGUAUCUGGCCAGGCACACCACUCCCAGGUUUGCACAAAAUCCUCUGGGUGAUCUUCAUGGUUCUGUUUCAAGGUUAUCAAUACAGAUAUAUAAUAACACGAUUCAAAUCUGAAAGUCUCGAAGCUCUGAUCGACAGUUUGACCAUCGUUUUGCCGUACUCUUUAGUAUCAAUUAAGCUGACUGUUUCUUGGAUACAUCACAGCGUCUUGUGCAAUCUUUUAUCCACAAUGGAAGAGGACUGUGAGAAAUAUGCGGCCAUCGAUACAAAUAAGUUAAUACCGAAAGCGGCAGAGCUUUCCUAUCGUUUAACAACCAUAACCGUUGUCCUCUACCCAGCAUCAGCGGGCUUCUAUGCAGUCGGUACUUUCGCGUUCCAACAAAGCAAUGAUUCAACGGCACGCCGACUUCUUUUGAACAUGGAUCUGCCAUUCGAGACAAACGAGUCACCGGUUUACGAGCUUGUGGUAACAACACAAUUUCUCUUUCUAACGUCAUCGGCAUUUACCUUUGGCAUCUUCAGUGCUCUUCUUUUGAUGAUGACGCUUCAUCUGGGGUGUCAUGUUGAUAUUUUGUGCCACACCCUAUCGGAUCUAUCUACGAUCAAUAAUGAGCACAUACGGUUCUUCAUCAGCAGACAGCAAGAAAUCACCUUGUUUGCAAAGCGGGUUGAACAGCUCUUUACGUACAUAUCUCUUAGCCAACUCUUCUCGAACACUUUGAUUACAUGUUGCUUAGGUUAUCUUAUUGUUAUUACGCUAAAGACCGACGGUGGACUUUCUAUGCUGAUCAAAUCUGUACUCUUCUAUUACGUUAUUUGCCUAGAAGCGUUCAUAUACUGCUUUGCUGGAGAAUAUCUCGACAUUAAGAGCAGAAUGAUCGGCGACACAGUGUAUGGAUCACUUUGGUACAACAUGGAACCGAUUAAGAGUCGGCAACUUGUGCUUUUAAUACUAAAAGCUCAAAAAGGACUGCCUCUGACUUUUGGAAAGUUUUCGAACCUUAAUUUGGAAAGCUUCUCCAGUAUCAUGAAGGCGUCAGCGUCUUACAUGUCAGUACUUCUUGCGAUGUCCUGAAAUUUAAAUUUUGCAAGUAUUGUACAUAUAGCAUACGACAAUUUAAAAUUCAAAAUUCAAGCAA